GUCGCCGUCGGUGGCGCAGGCAAAGGUCGCCCGCCAUGGCCAACAGGCCGCCGAGUGCUCCGGUCGGGAGAGAGGAGGGGGAAAGUGGCGGGGAGGGAAGGAGAGACUACACAGCGGCGGCUUUGGUGGUUGCUGGAACAAACUGAAGGGAGGAGGGAGCAUUGAUCUGUCGCCCCAACUGCUGGAGCAUUGAUCUGUCGCCCCAACUGCUGGAGCAUUGAUCCGCACCAACUGUUCCUCUGGGCGCCGCAGCCGACGGCCGUUCGCCAUUCCUUUUACCAAGGAAAAUGGGCGGCGCUGGGCUGACGCGAAGCCAUUAGGUGAUUAGGCCAAUGGUGCUGUGCUGCUCUAGUGCGCGUCGAAACCAACGGGCAGAAAACGUAUUACAUGUGAGAGGAUCGAGCAGUUCCAGCUUCAGAUCGGUUCUUCCUGACCUUCAGUGAUGCUGUUUCUCCUGGACUCAGUCACCUUCAGCUCAGCAGUUGACAAAUCUCUCUUUUGCAAGGGAUUUCACACUCACAUCGACUUCUGCAUGCUGCACUCACUUUUGUCAGAGUGUUGAGAGAAUUGACCAGCUCCAACUUCAAAUCAGGUCACGGUUUAUGGUUCUACCUUCGGUCAAGCUGUUUCUCCUUGGACUUCCUCACUUUCAGGGAAGUUAUCCUCCACCUUCCUGGAAGCAACUGAUCUUUUCCUAUGCUCACGAAUUACUUGUUAUUCUCCCUAUGGUUAGCAUUCAGAAACGUACGUAAGGCUGCCAAUAUAUAUUCAAACAACUUGUGUGAACAAUUGUGAAUAGCCUGGAUAAUCAGAGCAACAUGCUGGGUAUGUGAAUCUUUACGUUCACUGAAUGUUAUGGAUCUGGUACGAUGGAGCUUGCAUAACUAAUAAUAGGACUAGCUUGCAGCUUAAAAAACGGGCUGAUAUGUGUUUCUUAUGAUUCGGAUAUGACUUCACCUUUGGCUGCAUGUUCUCGAUUGACUAGAGCAAAGAUCGUGACAGCGGUUGAAUAUGAUUUGCUUGCCGUUAGCCGUCUGAGUACUAUAUUUAACUGCACCCACUAUAAAUUAUUGGGCAAUCAUUGCAUGUUCCAAGUACUAUAGCUGUUGGCUCUACUCAACUUUUACAGUUUUAACCUUUCUCCUCUUGGUCUGCAGCUCUAUUGUUGGCUAACCUCACCCUUACAAGGGAUCUCACAUCCGCUUCUCCACACUGCAUCACUUUUGGCUGCAAAAAGUUAGAUUUCUUCAUUGCAUCCUUUUUAAUUCCGCAGUUCACCCCCGACGAUCCCACUUGCUUCAUUCCCUACUGUGACUUCCAAAGCUCUCCUGUUUGAGCUGCUGCAAUCCAGAUCCACUCAUGCAUCCCGUCAAGGCGUCAAAUGUACUUCUCCUAAGUUUUUGGUGCUUUGAUCUCCUACUCGUUUAAGUGCUCAUUUAACUUCUACUUGCUUGCUCCCAAUUAUUUAUGUAUUUGUGCACUGUUUCCCGUUGCAAUUCCCUCAUCAUAUAUUCUCCACUUUAAGUCUUUUCUGUCUCAAAAAUGAUUCUCUAUUUCUCUUGUCUAUCAGUUUACAUUUCCUUCUCUGUAUAAGCGUGGAUUUUGUUUGUGCCUAUAAAGAGUAGAAUUUAUGUUUCUAUAAGAGGUAAGUAUUUUGUUAGGAUAAAUAAACAAAGUACCCAUUUGUUCUUUACUUGUUGUAGUUGAAUCUGCUGAUCUUACAAGUAUAUACAGAAAUAAAAAAAAUAAAAGUAGCGAACCCUGAUGCACUUUCCUUCCCUGUUGAUAUAAUGCUAGACUAGGUUUUCUGUGUUAUUUCAUUUCUGUGUCCAGAAUAUGAUUUUUGAUUGGACGGUUGAAUAAGCAUUGCCUUUUUCUUGCUAUUUCAGAGAGAAGGAGAAGUUGAGAAGAGUUCAUUGUCGUGGUAUCUUCAUUCUGUUCCUUGAUCCCAUCCACUUUAUCUUUCCUUGAUCCAGUUUUUAAGGGAACAUAUGGAAAUAAUUUUGAUUUCCUGUUAAUAAAACCUGACUUUCAACUUGUAGAAAGGGGAAUUUUUUUUUUUAACAUCAGCAACUUCUGGAAACAGGAGAUCCACAAAUACUGAGAAGGCUGAAAUCAUAUACUACGUCUUUCAUGCUUAGCUUGGAAUCUAUUUAAUUUUUCUGUCUUAUAGAAGUUAUUUUGCUUGUUGUUUUCUGUGAACUGGUGGCAGCAAUGGCGACCAACUUGGGUAGUUGGUUUGGUGCUACUAUCAGCACAGUCACAAGUCCACUCCGAGAUAUUUUCGUCACACAUGCAUCGUAUUGCCUCAACACCGGCAACAACGUCAGAGCUCAUGAGAGGGUUGCUAAUACUUUGAAGGGCAAACAAGCUGCUGUUGAAGGCGAGAUCGAAGCUGGCAUCCCCAACGGCUUCAUUAAAACAGAGGAAGCAGGCUUGUGGCUGAACAGGGCAAAGGAAGCUAUAUCUAAUGUAGAGAAAAACCGUGAACGUUAUGACAAAAGAAGCAGAACUUUUUCUUGUUGUUACCUAAAUUGCUGGGCGAACUACAAGAUUGGUAAGCGAGCAGCUAAGGAGAUUUCUGAAGUGGAAGCAUGCGCCGAAAGUAUACCCCAUAAUGCUACGGUCAAAGGUCCACCACCUUUUGUAAUAGAUAUCCCCAUCCAGUCUGCUCAACUGCCAAGUCAAGAGAGUAUUCAUCUAAAUGCUUAUCAGUGCAUUACGCGUACUGAUGAUCCAGUUGGAAUGAUUGGAAUAUGGGGUCCAGAUGGAGUUUCCAACACACAUCUCCUCAAGAAGAUUAAUAACUCGUUUGUUGGAGAUUCUUCCUAUUUUGUCAUAUUUGUUACGGCCUCCAGAGAAUGCUCAGUACAAAGGAUUCAAGCUCAAAUCCUACAGCGGCUCGAAAUAAGAAAUGAUGGAGAUGUAGUCACUCAAGCCACCAACAUAUCAAAACUACUCAGGAUAAGAAACUUUCUCGUGUUGGUGGAUGACCUUUACGAGAAGCUAGACCUUACAGAAGUUGGCAUUCCAUAUCCUCUUGGAACUGUGGGCGACUACAAGAGGAAAGUGUUAAUCACAUCACAAUCAGAAACUGUAUGUGUUCAAAUGGAUGUGAAUAAAUAUAUUGAAGUGCCUUGUCUGGAUGAGAUUGAAGCACUCAAGCUAUUUGCACAAAAUGUCGGUCAGGAAGAUAUUGAUUCUGAUCCCCAAAUCAGGGCCCUGGCAAAAGAUCUUGUGAAGGAAAUAAAAGGUGUGCCGUCAGACUUGAUACAUUAUGGGAAGCAAAUGGGAGGUAAAAGAGAUCCAAGGGAGUGGGAAGAUGUCAUUCAGGCAGUAAGGAAACUGAACCUUCAAAAGAAAGACCCAACUUUUGCAGGAAGGACUUUGAAAAAUCUUGAGGAUUCCGCUAAGAACUUGCAUGCCAGAAAAACUGAUGUCCGUUGCAGGAUUGAGGUUGCAGAACGGCUGGGCAUGACAUCCACAAAUGAGGUGGACAGAUGGCUGGAAAAAGUAGAUGCCAUCAGUUCUGAUGUGCAGAUAAUAUUUGAGGGAAACAAGUUGAAUAAGAAUGUUACCAUGGAGGCAGUUGCGAAGCUUUCUGAGGUCCAAGAAUGCCUAAGGUCUUGUCCCAAUAGUGAUAAUAUUGCACUCGUGUCAGUGCCACCUCCUGCCCAAGAGAUACCUGGUCCAUCUAUGCCUACCGAGAACCAUAACCUUCAAAAGGCUCUCCAGUUCAUUGAGGAUGAUCCUGUGGGGAUGAUUGGAAUAUGGGGUCAAGGUGGAGUGGGCAAAACAUAUCUUUUGAAUAGUAUCAAUAACUCAAUUGCUGUUGCUGGAGGCAUCUCAUUUAAUGUUAUCUUUGUGACGGCCUCCAGGGGAUGUUCUGUGCAAACGGUCCAAGGAGAUAUUCUAAAGAAGCUCGGAAUGGAAAGAGCUGGUGAUGUGGAAUCUCAAGGCCAAAAGAUAUAUAAUUUCCUUAGAAACAGAAGCUUUAUUUUACUUUUGGAUGACCUUUGGGAGCAAAUUGAUCUGCAAGCAGUUGGUGUACCAUAUCCCCUUGGAACUGUAAACCAACUCAAGAGAAAAGUGGUGCUUACAACUAGAUCGAAAAAAGUUUGUGGUGAAAUGGAUGUGAGGAAAGAGUUAAAAGUCACGUGUCUGCAGGAGGAUGACGCGUGGCAGUUAUUUAAAGAAAAGGUCACUCAGGAUACUCUUUCCUCAAGUCCUCGCAUUGAAGCCCUCGCAAGAGAACUUGUGAAAGAACUGAAGGGUUUGCCAUUAGCUCUGAUAGUUGUUGGAAGGGCUAUGUAUCCAAAAAUUCAACCCUCUGAUUGGGAAUAUGCCAUCAAACAAUUGCAACAGUCAUGCUGUGACGAGGAUGACCUCCUUUCUAUGGAAAAUGUCUUCAGACAGCUCAAAUUCAGUUAUGAUAGUUUACGAAACGAUACAUUGAGACGCUGUUUCUUGACUUGCGCACUCUGGCCAGAGGAUUGGGAGAUAAUGAAAGCUGACCUCGCUCAAUGCUGGCUUGGCUUAGGUCUAGUGGAUGGUGACAUACAAAGUUCCUACACAAAAGCAUAUAGUCUAAUGAGUGAUCUUAGAGAUGCAUGUCUUUUAGAGAACCAGGGUAAUUGGUAUGGUUUUGUUAAAGUGCACGAUGUGAUUCGUGAUAUGGCUAUAUGGAUCUCUUGUGGCUGCGGUGAGAACAAUAACAAUUGGUUUGUCCGUGCAAAAGUUGGCAGAGAAGAUAAGUUUAGCAUCCCUUGGAGCAAAGCUGAGUACAUCUCAUUGAUGUUGAAUGAGAUGAGAAAACUUUCUCCCUUUCGCCUUGAUCCUUGCCCCAUGAAACUGAGGAUGCUAUGCCUUCAGAAUAAUUAUUUUGAUGGAAGCAUAGCUGAAACAAUCAAGAACUUCACUGCACUGACAUAUCUGGAUUUGAGGUCAAACCUUCUCAAGAACAUACCCGACGAAUUAUGUUCCUUGGCAAACUUGGAGUACCUCGAUUUGUCACAUAAUCCUGACAUAUACCAAUUGCCGUACUGCUUCAGAAGCCUCGUUAAGCUCAAGUUCUUGUACCUACUGUGCACUGACAUACGGAUAAUACCGUAUGGGAUCAUAUCUAACCUUAAAGUGUUGCAAGUAAUAGACUUGAGGUCUUGGCGGGCAUAUCAUGGAGGAGGCUCUUUGAACUAUAACCCUACAUUAUUCCAAGAAUUUGGCACCUUAGAUCAGUUGAAAGCGGUUGGCAUUGAGGCUGAUGGCUUUACUGAGUAUGAAUCACUAAGAGAUGCCACUAACCUCCCUAUCAGGUCUUUAAUCCUGGGGAGUCUCAAAGAAACAGAUGCGUUCUGUCUCUCUGACAUCCUUUCAGCUGACUUUGCCCGAUGUACCUUGUAUGAAUUAGAAAUUAUACAGAGCAACAUUGAGCAGAUAACAGUAAGACAAGAACCAAACUACCAGUUUCCUACUCUCAAUAAGCUCUCCCUGUGGUUUUUAGUAAAGUUGAAAGAGAUCACGUGGGUGGGAAGACCUCCGUCAUCUGUAUUUCCAACUCUCACUUGUGUGGAUGUGAAUAGCUGCUCCAAGUUAGAGCACCUCUCCUGGGUGAUGUACUUGCCUUGCCUUGAGCAGCUCGAGGCACGAUUCUGCAACAAUAUGAAGGAAGCAUUUCUGAGGACAGGUCACCAAGGUGAAAUCAUGAGCAUGGAUCAAGAGAAUCCAAGGACAUUUCCUUGCCUGAAGCAUUUGUGCCUUUCGGACAAUGCUAAGUUGGUCACCAUUUGCGGUCCCCACGUGACGUUCCCGUUCCUGGAAGAGCUGGUGCUCACGAAAUCUCCAGAGUUGAUCAGUCUCCCUUUCAAGACGAACAGCUUGCCACUGAAGCUGCAGGAACUAAGGGUUGAUAAUAUUGAAUGCUGGGACCGAUUGCAAUGUGAAGACGGUGUCAAAUCUUUCCUGCAGCCCACUCUUAAGUUUGGUUACGAGACCGAAAUGCCAUGAGCAGUUCCUUUAUUCCGUAUUGCCAUGGGGAACACUGCAUACACAUGCUAGCUACAAGGUGCGCAAUAUCAUGAUUUCCAGCAUACAUGUAUAAACAGGAAGGAUAUUCAAGUGUACCAUUGUUUCGUCUGAAAGUAUGCAGAGGAGGUUGUGGCUUUAAGUUUGUAAUGCAGUUCUGCUUUUAUACUGUAGAUGUGUGUCAUGUUAACCGUUGUACGGUUGAGGUUUCAGGCUGGGGUGCAUUUGCAAAGCUCUGUCUGAAGCCAACGGUGCAGCGAGGACUGGAAUUCUGAAGUUACAUUCUAGAUUCCAGAUGGAAGCUGGAAGGAGCCAUGUUUUUCAUUCAUGCUCCUGGUCCCUGACCCUGAUGGCGCUUUGUGUCUUAUUUUCCUGUAUGAACAUAUGUAACUAUAUAAGAGGUGGCGGAGGAUGUGGUUCUCGAUUGUCGAACAAUUAAUAGAUCUUGCCUAAGAGUGGUAUCAUGCUUAUACAAUUAAUAGAUCUUGUCUAAGAGUGGAAUUUUAUUUGAUCAGUGAAUUGAAGUGCUGAAAAA